AUGCAUGGUGCAAAUAUCAAUGAAAAAGAUAAAGAUGGGAAAAAUUUUACUAGAGUUGCCUUCACUCUUUUAAACAAUCAUGCAAAUAUUAAUGAAAAAGAUCAAAAUGGUAAGACAGCCAUCCAAAUUGCAAAAUCUAAUAAUUUUAUAGAAAUUGCAGUACUUCUUUUAUCAAAUGAGGCAAAUAUCAAUGACAAAGGAAAUGUUCGUGGAAGCAACUCUUCAAAAUGCAAUAUAUAA